CAGGGUGUGAGGUUUGGGGAAAGGCAGGCCUCUUUGCCUCUAAUGGAUUCUUAUGAUGGUUAGGCCACACCCAGUGUGUAACUGCAUGUCAGCGCAUGAAAAACUGAUAGUGUGCAUCACAAAACGACAUCCUCCCGCCCACUGCCCUUGCUGAACUGACAAAGAGGGACCAGAACACUACCGAUGGGACAAACCACCACCAUUUUCUUCAUAUUCUCCUCUCUCCUGCUCAUGAUUUUGCAUCCUAUUCCUUCGUAACGAGAAGUCCUCCUUUUGCAGUUGACAUUCAAGGAACCCCCAUAAAAACUGGAAAAGUGACAUGGCUUUAUGACAACAAGAUUGUUCUCCUAUCCUACAUCUCUGCGCAACUACACUACGACUUGCCUGGAAAACACUAUUGCUCAAUUUCAGGUUUGACUGUUCGGAGAAUAAGACGUUUGGGGAAAAUUGUACAUGUAUAUGUUUAAAAGAAAUUGAGGGCUAGUGUAAUCUCACCCCUCCCCCCCCCCACACACACACACACAAACCACCACCACCUUUUUUAAUGGUUGAUAACUACAGAAAUAUUACCGUAGAACAACUAUUGAUUGUUUGACUCUCAUACAUGGAUUUCGUGUUUUGUAGUGGUUGUUCCUGUUUUUGCUUUGUGCUGUAUGACAUGUACAUGUGCCAAAUGACAAUGCCGCCGCUACAGCUGCCAUUACUGAAUUCUCCUAUUAACAACGUAACAGAAGCUUUAUGUACAAUGUUUUUCUUUGUGAAAGUCCAUCACGAAGAUGCAUGGGCAUGCUGCAGUUUCUGAAUUUGAUAUCACUAUAAAGGGGCGUAGAUUAUGAAUUUGGGGUCUCCUACGAUUUAGUGGAAGAUUAGUCUUCACCUGCGACAUCUGAUUGAUUGCGCUAUAUACCGCAAAUUCCUUACAUUUGUGAUUCAGCAGAGGCAUUUUUCUUAUUUGUGAGCCCAUAAUCUGAAUGUGUAAUACAGUACUGUCUUAACAGAGAUUGUGUGGGCCAACUAGAGUGCCUUGAUUACUCAGGAUAGGUAUGAUGGGUGUGUCAAACCAUAAUGUGGCUUGUCAAUCACCGUCUUAGUAUAUGGAAUGCCGGAGUUUUGUGUUCUACGACUUAAUGGACUACAUCUGUUUUUUUGGUAUGGCAUUGAUUUUUGUUGAUGUGGUUUCAAGGCAAAACUCUUGUAUUCUGUAUAUGUGCCACAAACGCAUCGCCUACCUGCCUUUUAAGUCUACAGAACAGCACAUGGGAGAAGAAAGUUGUCCUUUUUUGCCCACAUUCUCAAGUUCUGUGCUUAUGUGGAGCACAACAUUCACGAGUGCAAAGUGAGAUGUAGAUAAUUUCAAAAAAAGAAAAGAAAAAAGCACGAGGUGAUAUUUUGUUUCUUUGCUUUAAUUUUUCAUGCCAACUGCCUAAUUUUCAAGUUGCCUUGAAGAGAGGACUGAUUAAAAGAAUAGUGAAUUGCUUGGGAUUGUGUUCGUUUGGCUAAAAAAUACAUAGAGCAGAAAUUGUCCUUUAGGUAGAGGAGGGGGGAAAAUUAAAGCACAUUUAUACAAUAUAUAUUACACAAGAGAAUAUUUGUUAAUUUUAUGGCUUUAUGUAUUUUUGUUUUAAUAUUGAUUUGGGUUUAAUUGUUUUGGGCAUCUGGGUGAACGUAUAUGCAAUCCGUUUUUGUUAGAUUGAAAAUUGUCUUAAUUUGAAGCUUAAAAAAGAUCCAACUUCGACAUUUGCAAUUGGUUGAAAACUGAUUAUAAACUACACCUUAGUAUUUCCGCCUUUGCUCUUAAAGUUGCACAUUCUCAUUUAUGAAUGACUUAUGUAACUAGCAAUAUUGUUUUUAAUAAAAAAAGAAAAUGAUUUUUCACCCUGUGUCGGUUUCCACUUUGUGAAUAAUUCAUUAUUUUUUGCAAUUGUGGAAAUAGUCCCUCAGCCCUGGCCAACUGUGAGCUUGUAGUCCUCCGCUAUGACGUCAUCGCUACUUGCCAGGCCCGACCUGUGCCGCCACGGUCAGUUUCUGGAAGCUCAGAACUCACAGCAGUUAGCAACCGAGAUAAACAUAGUUCCCCCUUCAAAACGCAGUUCAUUUUAGAUAGGCUUCCGUUGUGUGAAGGAAAAAACAAAUCAAAAAAGUACAAGCGACAAUUAAAUUUGGGUUUCCAAGCAACUCUCCAUUGCCAAUGCAACAUGCAGCACUACCACUUGCGGGACUAUGAGAUGAAGCUUCUUGGAGAGCUCCAGAGACAACAAAACCGCGCCGAGUUCUGUGAUACACUUUUGCAAACUGAGGGUAUUUCAGUGCCCACCCACAGCUGUGUUCUGGCUGCUUUUAGCCCUUACUUAUCUCAGAAGCUGUCAUCCACACCGUCUCCUCCAUCUGGGGAAAAACGCCAGCUCCAUCUUCAGUCUUUGAAGGCCCACACCCUUUUGAAGCUCGUUGGUCUACUCUAUUCAGGGGAGUUGGAGGUAAAUGGAAGCGUGGAACAGAAUGAUGUGAUGGAUGCAGUCCAGAAGUUUGGGAUCACACCCCUCACAGAGAGACAGAGAAAUGAGGCUGCAAAGGACAUGGAAACCCAGGAGAAUCAGGUCGGGAUUUGCAGUAAAUGUUGCACGUUAACAGUUGCUGGCAGAGAGUGUGCUAAUUGCAGUAUGAGGAAUGAUGCACACGUGCAUCCUGAGGUGGCAGGACAGAAAGAUACACAUUGUUCAGCAGAGAAGAGAAGUUGUGUAUCCACUGGGACACAAACUCCAUUAGACAAUCAAACUAAUCCAGAAACUCCGGAACACAUCACAUUUCAACCCCAAAACAUCCCUUUAGAUGUGUGUGAGUCUAUUUCACACCAACCCUCUGCCUCUACAAGUCCAACCUCAAAUGGCGAAGUGUCCAGGAAUCAGUCCUGUAGUUCAAACAAUCACACUUCCUUCUCUGAGAGGCUUCAGAAUGGAUGUGCUGAGUCUGGUGGCAGUACCCUUGUGCUGACUCAAAUAAAUGACCAGAAUAAGACAAGCAGAGAUGAAGUAAAGAAGAUGACAGAAGAUGAAAAUCCCAACUCAACAGAGAGGAGGCCUGCAUUUACCAAGACAGCAAAGAAGAACCUGGCCAAGAUGAAACUGAUGGAGUCAACACAAAUUUCUGUGAAGGUGAAGCUGAGGAGGAGGAAGGCAAAAGAAAAACUAUGGGAGGUUGUGUCCAUUCAAGAUGAGGAUGAGACAAUGUCAGGGUUCGCCCCUUUAUCUCAGGAGGCACACCCAACUGCAGCUCUGACAUCAGAUCACCAUGUUGCACAAGCUGAACCCAGCUACUCGACUAAACUUCCAUCCCACCUCAAUACUAUACCUGGACCGUCACAUCACUUCAUCGAUGGUACUGCUCCACACCAAAAUGGAACGCCUCAGCCAGCAUGUGUUCCACAGCCUCACGGCCUUGCAGAAGAAUCUGAUGAGCAAAUACAGAAGUUGCUGGAGGACAUCAUGAUGGGUCUGAACAUUCUGCCUGACUUGGGAGUUCCAGAUGGUGACACAGGGCAAAGUAAAAUACCUACAGCUGCCCCUUCAGCUGAAUAUCAACAUUUCCAGAACAUUGUGGAACGAAGUUCCCAUAUAUCAACAAACACAGCUCAGAAACAACUGGACUCCAAAAGUGUGCCACUUGGUGAAUCUAGCGGUGUGAAAAUCCCACAUCAAGCGUUUCUUUUGGAUCCGUCCUCCGUGAGCUCAGUGAGGCAAACAGAUCGACUGAGCUACCAUGUUCGAAACUACCCACCAGUCCCGGAGCGGCAGCCCUUGUCUUUGCUUUCGCCGCCUUGGUUGAACGAUUUGCGGCUCCCGAGGUGCCUUUCUCCAAUCAAGCCAUUCCCUUCAGUAGGAAUGAAUGACCCAGUCGCUCGUAAUAGUCAGUUGUCUCACUGUGCAAGACCUUUGCUCCCAGAACAUUCUGGAUUACUGUUUUUUCCACUUGCUCACGGAGAACAUAAACAGCCCCCUUUAUUGAAGGCACAUCGAAACUCCUGGCCAAUGCAAUGCCUGAAAAAGCCGGUAUAUGAACCACAGCAAAGCCGAAGCUGCACCCGACCUUGUAUUAAAAACAGGGUGAGAGUGUGUCCAACUGCUGCUGAGAGGAAAUCCUACCCCCAGAAGAUAAAGAAAACUUCAGUAUGUAAAAAUGCUAUUGCUAUGGAUGGUAAAGCACCUCCUAAAAAAAGGAAAGUCAGCAUUGAUUAUCCACAAGAUGCCACCGGUUCAAUCUGUGAUAGAAUUAAAAGUAGAAAAACCAUGAGCAUUUGCUCAGUUAGUAUGUCACGAAACAAUGUCCUGGCAAAAGAAAGAAAUAUGGCCAAAGGUUCUGAAAAAUCACCACCCAUUUGUUCGGCCAAACAGAACCAAGAGUCAACCACAAAGAACCACCUGAAAGAGAGAAGCAGAACCACUGUACCUUCCAAAUCGGUGAGCUCAUGUCAAACCCGCCUCAAGACCAGGGCGUUUUUGAAAACAACUCAAGCGCCUUCAAGUGUCACAUGCCCACAAACAAUCCCAGAUACAAACUCUGAGGCCCUGAGACCUUCUGUUGCAUCGAACCAAGUCUGUCUCUUCAAGCGGAAACGUGGGAGAACGUCACAAAAGAGGAAGGCAUGUUUUUCUCCAAACACUGCCCCUGCAGUCAUAUCGAGUGACAACCAGAAGAACAUUGAAGAGGAAUUGUCAAAGAUCGACCUGGGAAAGAGUAAUGUAGCAAAAGGAAAAAGAGCCAAAAUGAGGAAUGGAAAAGGAGAGGAGGUGGUUACACUGAAAAGGGUUAAAAGCGCUGCUCAGCCUGGUGAUAACAAUAAGCCCAAACGAAUGGUUGCUUUCAAGGAAUUACAGACGUUUCUGAAGGCCCACAACUUAAGAAAGCAAUCAAAUGAAAGCCGAGAUAAUCAUAAAGACGUUGACGUUAUUGAGCUUCAGGAAGAAUCCUCUGCCAACGUCGGUGUUGCCGUCGAUCAAACUGGCAGUCCCAUUCUCAACGAAUCGACCGAGGAGAAAGACUCGGGGAGCUCUUCUCGAAAGGCUGUCUUAAGUGACGCUCAUCCUUCGGUGAACGUGGUCAAGAGAUCAUUUCCUCAACAGUCCGAGGGGGACCAAACACAGACGACCCACAUGCAAGAAUUGAAUUCUGUUGUGGUGCCACCUCAAAAUGACAAUCCAGGCUGCUCUCCUAGCGACAGGCAGCCAUGCCGGCAAAAUCAAAUGCCUUUGGAGCCCAACGUGAACCCCCAAAUCGGUACAUGCCUAUCUGCUGCCACUGGGUCGCCAAAGAGCCCAGAAGGCAGCAAAGAAGAGAUAAUCGAGGUAGACGUGUUGCUCUCCUCCCCAGAAAAAAUGCCUUUCCCCGGGCACCGUGAGUACUUAGUCAUCGACACUGAUGCCACACAAAGUGACGAGGAAGGAGAAAUUGAUGUGACGGGUGAUGAGAUAGCCUGACGUUCAUAUGAGUGCAUACUUUUUUGUUGUUGUGUGAGUAGAGGUCAUUCCUAGUGUUCUCUGUGUUGUUGGACUUUUACUUCUAUUUCAUGCCUGUCAGAUGUCGAAUUUAGUGACUCUUUGUAUGAUGGGCUUUUAUAUAUAUAUCCUGUUGUGUGUUUUUGUUUGAGAAAUAUGGCAACACUAGAAUCUCACAUUUUCUUUGCAGUUUUGUUUCCAUUCCCUAAUCUGCAAAAGCAUGUAAAAUGUUGCUUGUUACGUGUAAAAAUAGUUUUGUUUGAAAAGUGGUUAGGUACUGAAAUAAUUUUCCAUACUAAUACUGUAUGUGGAAAAAAAUUAAGCCUGUAUUUACAAAAUCCCACUGUUAAUAAAUUUUGUUAUUGUUAA